AUGGGAUCGUCUGACCUACAAUACAACAACAUUAAGUCUGAUACUACAUCUACCUUAAACCAAGACUUCCUCAAGGAUGAGGUGGUUGGAACGUUUGUAAUUUUGGAUUCAAGAUUGGCUUUCCCUCCUCAACUGAUGCAGGGACAGAACCCAUUGGAUGCUAAAAAACCUCAUACUAGUUAUGUCUCUCGUGUUCAAAUCUCACAUAACAACCUUUACCUACAGAUAAAGGCAAUGACAAGGGAAAUAGGAUCUACUACAUCUAACAUAGCUGAACCUAUUGCUAAUAAGCAAGAAGCCACUAGAAUAUGUAUCAACAUCGAGGAUGAAGAUAAUUUGGGUAAUGGACAUGGGUUACAGAAAGUUUAUAUGGGAGGGCAAACUGGAGCUAUGCAAAAGUAG